CUCUUAACCUUUCAGGCUCUCCCUGCUUGUCCUAUCCAGGCCACCUGUGAGGCUGCCUCCAAGGAGGAAAACAAGGAAAAAAAUCGAUAUGUAAACAUCCUGCCUUAUGACCACUCUAGAGUGCACCUGACACCCGUUGAAGGGGUUCCAGAUUCUGAUUACAUCAAUGCUUCAUUCAUUAAUGGCUACCAAGAAAAGAACAAAUUCAUUGCUGCACAAGGACCAAAAGAAGAAACAGUGAAUGAUUUCUGGAGAAUGAUCUGGGAACAAAACACAGCUACCAUCGUUAUGGUGACCAACCUGAAGGAGAGAAAGGAGUGCAAAUGUGCCCAAUACUGGCCAGACCAAGGCUGCUGGACCUAUGGGAAUGUCCGUGUGUCUGUCGAGGACGUAACUGUGCUGGUGGACUACACAGUACGGAAAUUCUGCAUUCAGCAGGUGGGCGACGUGACCAACAGAAAACCACAGCGCCUCAUCACUCAGUUCCAUUUUACCAGCUGGCCAGACUUUGGGGUGCCUUUUACCCCAAUUGGCAUGCUCAAGUUCCUCAAGAAGGUGAAAGCCUGUAACCCUCAGUAUGCAGGGGCUAUCGUGGUCCACUGCAGUGCAGGUGUAGGGCGCACUGGUACAUUCGUUGUCAUUGACGCCAUGCUGGACAUGAUGCAUUCAGAACGGAAAGUGGAUGUCUAUGGUUUUGUGAGCCGGAUCCGGGCCCAGCGCUGCCAGAUGGUACAGACAGACAUGCAGUACGUCUUCAUCUACCAGGCCCUUCUGGAGCAUUAUCUGUAUGGGGAUACAGAACUGGAAGUGACUUCUCUGGAAUCCCACCUGCAAAAAAUUUAUAACAAGAUCCCAGGGACUAGCAACAAUGGAUUGGAGGAGGAGUUUAAGAAGUUAACAUCAAUCAAAAUCCAGAAUGACAAGAUGCGUACUGGAAACCUUCCAGCCAACAUGAAGAAGAACCGGGUUUUACAGAUCAUUCCAUAUGAAUUUAACAGAGUAAUCAUUCCAGUCAAGCGAGGUGAAGAGAACACAGACUAUGUGAAUGCAUCCUUCAUUGAUGGCUACCGGCAGAAAGACUCCUACAUUGCCAGCCAGGGCCCUCUUCUGCACACAAUUGAGGACUUCUGGCGAAUGAUCUGGGAAUGGAAGUCCUGCUCCAUCGUAAUGCUAACAGAACUGGAAGAGAGAGGCCAGGAGAAGUGUGCCCAGUACUGGCCAUCUGAUGGCCUGGUAUCCUAUGGUGACAUCACAGUUGAGCUGAAGAAGGAGGAGGAAUGUGAGAGCUACACUGUCCGAGACCUCCUAGUCACCAACACCAGGGAGAACAAGAGUCGGCAGAUCCGACAGUUCCACUUCCAUGGCUGGCCUGAGGUGGGCAUCCCCAGUGACGGGAAAGGCAUGAUCAACAUCAUCGCAGCAGUGCAGAAGCAGCAGCAGCAGUCGGGAAACCAUCCCAUCACUGUGCACUGCAGCGCCGGGGCAGGACGAACAGGGACCUUUUGUGCCUUGAGCACAGUCCUGGAGCGCGUGAAAGCAGAAGGAAUUUUGGAUGUCUUCCAAACUGUCAAGAGCCUGCGGCUACAGAGGCCACACAUGGUCCAGACACUGGAACAGUAUGAAUUCUGCUACAAGGUGGUGCAGGAGUACAUCGAUGCCUUCUCAGACUAUGCCAACUUCAAGUGACAGGUGACAAGGCCCACAGACAAGAGAAUUGCCUUUAAUAUUUUGUAAUAUUCUGUUUUGUUAAUAUACCCAAAAUUGUAUAUAUCUUAUAACUGUUUUAGAAAUGGCACAUAGGCUUCUAUUACCUAUUAGGUGGAGAUUUUGUAUGUAAAUGUGUUAGCACUGAUAGUCUUUUUUCCAGUGUUUUAUUGGGGAAUUAAAUAGUGUGAUAUUUGGAUUGAUAUCAUGAAAUCCUCAGCCUGGAAAUUGGGCUGGAUUAUUCUUUGCUUUAAACAUCUUUUCCUAAAGAAGAUAAAUGUAAGGCUCAUUCCAGGUAGCUCGGUGCCAACUGAAACAAAGCACAAAGUUCUCAGAGCUCUUGAGGAAAUGUUGUCUCACUCUCCCCAUGCAGGCCUCUUUCCCUCCCUGUACUGUAAAUAUCCCUCCCCUUUCCAGUCCACCCUCAUCUCCCACCACCUCCACCCAAGUAUCAGCCACCCCAGCAUGGGGAAUAAUGAGACCAGAGCGGUAUCUCUGGCACCACACUAGGGAUCAUCAGGUAAUAAAAACUUCUGAUUCCCUGAGGAAA